AAUCAUAACUUCAUAAAACAUUUAAUCAAUUACCUUUAUACUGUUUGUGAGGAAACAAAAUAUCCGACUGGCAAAAUAAUUUAUCAAGGUAUAACUCCCACAUUCAAAUCAAAUAGUGGAGCGUUGCAUGGUUGCAAUUUGCAAGGUUUGUUCGGUCAGCGAGACUAUAUUGAGAGUAGUGUUUUCUUUUGACCUGGACAAGUAUAAACCACGCCUGGAAAGAAUUUCUCCCAGCUAUUUACUGGUUAAAGCAGGUAUAAAUUAAAUCAGGCAAAUUCGGUUUUUAUUCAUUUCCUUUAGUUAGGCCCCGCAUGUUAGUAAAGAAACAGACGAGGUCAAGGGAAGCGGUAUUGAAAUGAGGACACAUUUUUUUCUUUAAUUAAGAUAACAUUACUGCAGCUGCGCAGAAGCAGUACAGCUCAUGUGCAGUCAGUGGUUUCUGCUUAGAAAAAAAAGGGUCGUUAACUCAUUUUGACUCAUCAGAUAGCAUCUUUGACAGGACUGGGCUCUGUACCAAGUAUUUCAUUGCAAGAAUCCUUUCAACUCUAUCCUCUCUAUCCCCACCGACAAAUCCUCCAGCUCUAAAGCAAAAGAUAAAAGAGAACAACUAAAGUAAAAGAGUAAUAGAUGCUCGUAGAUAAAAUAAAUAAAAGAGGAAGCAGGCACACAGAUUGGGAGUGUUCUUUUCCUGCCAAUUUCAAAUAUCCCAUUUUCUCAAUUCUUCUCAAAAUCCCCCUGGACUUGUUGGAAAGGGAAUUAAAAAAAAAUGGGAGAUUAUAAGGGAGUAAGAGUCUGCUGUUUUAUGUUGGUGAUGCUGCUUGUGAGCUGCACCAAUGGAGAAGACCCAUACAGGUUCUAUACUUGGAAUGUCACCUAUGGUGAUAUCUAUCCUCUUGGAGUGAAACAACAGGGGAUAUUGAUAAACGGCCAAUUUCCGGGGCCGCAAAUUGAAUCAGUGACCAACGAGAACUUGAUCGUUAAUGUUUUCAAUAGCUUGGAUCAACCCUUUCUAGUCUCUUGGUUGGUUCCUAGAUCUAUUUUAUUAUCUGUAAGCAAUGUUGCACUGCACAACAGCCAACGGAAUGGCGUGCAACAAAGAAGAAAUUCAUGGCAGGACGGAGUAGACGGUACCAACUGCCCCAUCCCUCCUGGGGGGAACUUCACCUACACCCUUCAGGUGAAGGAUCAGAUUGGCAGCUACUUUUACUUUCCAUCGCUUGCCUUACAUAAGGCUGCAGGAGGAUAUGGUGGCUUCAGGAUUUUUAGCCGCUCUGUUAUUCCUGUCCCUUUCCCCCCUCCUGCCGCUGAUUACACUAUUUUGGCAGGUGACUGGUACAAGAAAAGCCACACCGACUUGAAAGCAAUUUUAGAUAGCGGUAAGGAUCUUCCCUUCCCCGAUGGCCUACUUAUCAAUGGUCGUGGUGCAAAUGGAUAUACAUUCUUCGUUGAUCAAGGCAAGACAUGCAGGUUUCGCAUAUCCAAUGUUGGGAUUACAACAUCCAUUAAUUUCAGAAUCCAGGGGCACAAGUUGCUGUUAGUAGAGGUUGAAGGAACUCACACGCUACAGAACACUUAUGAUUCCCUUGAUAUUCACUUGGGGCAGUCCUACUCUGUGUUGGUUACUGCUAAUCAACCGGCGAAAGAUUACUACAUUGUUGCCUCAACCCGUUUCACCUCCAAGGUGCUCGCCACAACUGCAAUUCUUCAUUAUAGUAACUCAGCGGGAACCGUUUCCGGUCCUUCUCCUGGAGGACCAACUACUCAAAUUGAUUGGUCUCUUGAACAAGCCCGAUCAAUCAGGCGGAAUCUCACAGCUAGUGGACCAAGACCUAAUCCACAAGGCUCAUACCACUAUGGACUGAUCAACACCACGCAUACAAUUAGACUAGCAAGCUCUGCUUUUAUUAUCAAUGGUAAGAAGAGGUAUGCUGUCAAUAGUGUUUCCUUCAUCCCAGCUGACACCCCACUUAAACUUGCCGACUACUUCAACAUCUCUGGAGUAUUUUCCCUUGGAAGCAUUCCAGAUGGUCCAACUGGAGGUGGCCCCCACCUCCAAACUUCUAUCCUGGCUGCUGGUUUUAGAGGUUAUGCCGAGAUUGUUUUUGAGAAUCCAGAAGACACUGUGCAAUCGUGGCACAUUGACGGUCACAACUUCUUUGUUGUGGGGAUGGAUGGGGGGCAGUGGACGCCUGCAAGCAGGUUAACUUACAACUUGAGAGACACAAUUUCCCGUUGCACUGUUCAGGUGUAUCCAAAGUCAUGGACCGCAGUUUACAUGCCUCUGGAUAACGUAGGGAUGUGGAACGUAAGGUCUGAGAACUGGGCUCGGCAAUACCUGGGCCAGCAAUUCUAUCUCCGCGUAUUCUCCGCUGCAAAUUCAUGGAGGGAUGAAAAUCCAAUCCCCAGGAAUGCUCUUCUAUGCGGUCGGGCGGUAGGGCGACGCUACCGAAGCAAAAAUGAUUAAGAGACUGUCAAACUCAUGAGUGGGCAGUAGGUUGACCCGAGGAGAAGAUGUCUGCAGACUAUACUGUUAACAGUGCUCUAAUAAUUGCUUAAGGCUUAACUCCAGCCAUGUUCCUUUAUUCUUUACUUUGUUUUAAUAGAUUGUAUGUUGUCAUUAGAGAAAUGACUAUCUUUUUCUUAUGUGAAUUUAAAACA